AUGUCUGACGACAGUCCCCCACGCGCGCCGCCGCCGCCGCCGCCGCCGACUCUUCCCAACAUGACGAACACGACGACGGUCAAGUCGCCGCCGCCGCCGCCGCCCAACGGCCACGCCAUCCGUCGCGCGAACACCAUCGACGAGUCCUACCGCCGCCCACGAUCCUCCGUCACGUCGGCCGCCGCCACAGCUUCUGGCCCCUAUGACGUCCCCCGCAGGAGAGACUCGACCCUCUCCGACUACAGCCUGGGCGACGCCGGCGGUCUCUUCAACCCAAAACCCCUCGGCCACAAGCCCUCGGCCGAAGACGGUUCCAAGUGGACGCACCUGCCCAUCGCCUUUGCUCUGCUGCCCGCUGUCGGGGGUAUCCUCUUCCAGAAUGGCAGUGCCAUUGUGACGGACGUCAUGCUGCUGGGCUUGUCCGCCGUUUUCCUGCACUGGUCCGUGACGCAGCCGUGGAACUGGUACCAUUCCGCGCAGGAAGUACGUCUCCACGAGGAGCUAAGUUCAUCCCUCGCGGUCGACGACGAGAGCGAUCCCGAUCCCACAAGCGAAACCGAGCCCGCGGACGCGUCUUCCGCCGAAGCCAAGCCUGACAUCAAACGACGAACAGCGACGGACGCGACAUCAGAUGCUCUCGCCGAGCUGUACCUGCACGAGGUCCUCGCCUUGGCCUCGUGCUUCUUCUUCCCCAUCCUGGGAGCCUACCUCCUCCACACCAUUCGGGCGCAGCUCAGUCGGCCCUCCGAGGGCCUCGUCUCCAACUACAACCUGUCCAUCUUCCUCCUGGCUGCCGAGCUGCGUCCCAUGUCCCACAUGAUCAGACUCGUCCAGUCGCGCACACUGCGACUCCAGCGCUACGUCCACGAGAACCCCUACAGUCAGGUCGCCGCCAACAGCACUCACAUGGCCACGCUACAGGAGAGGAUCGAGGCGCUCGAAGCGCGCCCGGCAUCAGCAGCAGCCACAACAGCGGGCACGUCGCAAAAACAGCAGCAGAACGGCGCCGCCGAACAGAAGCAGCAAGCCGCCCUCUUGCGCGACGUCCGCAACGCGAUCCAGCCCGAACUCGACGCCCUCAACCGCGCCGUGCGCCGCUACGAGAAGAAGGCCACGGUGCUCGCCAUGCAGACCGAGUCCCGCUUCGCCGUGCUCGACGCGCGCCUCGGCGACGCCAUCGCCCUCGCCGCCGCCGCCGCCAAGAACAGCGCCGCCCAGCCCAGCCUGCUGCGCUGGCUCACCGAGUCGGCCUGGAGCCUGUGCAUGCUGCCGUUUCGCGCGCUGACGUCGGUUCUCUUGCUGCCCUUCAGGACGCUGCUCGGGCUGCUGAAGCGCCAGAAGCGCGCGCCGGACAAGACGGCGCGGUCCGCCCGGUCGGUACGGCCGUCAUCGGGCCAGUCGCGCUCCGGUAGCGAUAGGCCGCUGAGCCGACUGUCCCGGUGGUGA